AGAACAGGUUGCACGGUUACAAGAAAAUGGAAAAGAUUAAUCUUAAUCUUUCUACCCGCCCGAAAGCGAGCAUCCUGGAUAAGCCGUUAAGCCGCGGCAAGGGAGAAGUGUCGUUGAGCUGCUAUGCGCUGUUGUUCUCCGAACUGGUUCAGUAUUCACAAAGCCGUGUCAGCACCAUUCCUGAUUUGCAGACCAAGUUGCACGAUAUGGGAAAGGAUGUGGGAUGCCGCAUAAUUGAUUUGUAUUUCGUUCGCGAACGAAACUCGAAACGCGAGACGAAGCUGAUCAACAUGCUGUUGUUUAUUAAAACUACCCUAUGGAAGACACUUUUCGGCAAGGAAGCGGAUAAGCUAGAGCACGCGACCGAUGAUGAGUGCACCUACUACAUCAUCGAAAAGGAACCGCUGGUCAAUAAGUUUAUAAGCGUACCGAAGGAUAAGGGUUCGCUGAACUGUGCCGUGUUUGUGGCUGGUAUUGUGCAGGCAAUUUUAUCGAAUUGUGGUUUCACGUGCCAAGUAUCCGCCCACUGGCACAAAGGUACAACGUACAUGGUUAAGUUCGAAGAUCACGUCAUCAGCAGGGACAAACAGUUGGAAGAUAAAUAAAUAAGUUAUUACUUCG